CGCAUCUCGAAAGUUUCCAGACUUCCGAAACAUCCCCAGCCAUGGCGACCACGGCCCAAAACACACCUUUCAUAAAGCAGUUCGCUUCCAGCGACAAGCGCAUCCGCGACAAAGCCCUCGACAGCCUCCGAACCUUUCUCAGCGGCCGUUCAGGCAUAGAAGAAAUCGAGCUACUGAAGCUAUGGAAAGGGCUCUUCUACUGCAUGUGGAUGAGCGACAAACCCCUCGUCCAGCAACGUCUCGCAGUCGACCUCGCCUCUCUAGUAGACACACUGCGCCCCGAAGUCGUGCUCCCCUUUCUCGAUGCCUUUUGGAAAAUUAUGGCGCGGGAGUGGGGCAAUAUUGAUGCGUUACGCAUGAAUAAAUUCCUCUACUUAAUCCGUCAAUACCUCUUUGCCUCUUUCCGCUACCUCUCGCGACACGGCUGGGCCAACACGAGUACAAUUACGGGCUGUAUGCACGUUCUCGCUGCUACACCUUUGAAUUCUACGGACCCGAAGAUCCCGAAUGGCUUGAGAUAUCAUGUGCUAGACAUCUAUGUGGAUGAGCUGGAUCGGGUGGAUGCGGAUCGGGAGGGGAAGAUGCCGCUUGAGGCGCUGUUGGCGCCAGUAAGAGCGCUGGAUAUGGAGUCGAAGACGAAGGCGGUUAGGAAGAGUGCGAGGGAGGUGCUGACGGAUGAGAGAUUAAAAAAUUGGAAUAAAGUAGAGGAAGAUGCAGGCGAGGAGAGCUCCGGAGGUGUUGCUGUUGGCGGUGAGGACGAUGGGGAAUAGGGUGGGAUUGAGGAAUGAGCAUUGAGGGUAUGGAUUUUCCUGGGUUUGUCUAAAGCGAGGCGUUCGGGUUCUCUUGUGGUGUUCAAAAGCAUAAGGAUACCUAAAUGUUGUAUCACAUGGGAGGGAUAGUCAAGAAAAUCUUCAAUUUUGCACUAUCUUCAAUAUCUGAGUUUAGUCCUUCUAGCUACUGCUGUAUUCAAGAGUCGCCGAAGUCGGACGCCUCCUAUUUCCGCUC